UCUGUGAUAAAGAUUCAAAAUACAUCAUUCUAUUGAUUUAAGAGACACACAACCCCACAAAACGGGGUUCUUCCCUAGUUAAUGUUCAAUUGUACCCUCAUAUGCAAUGCACAUAAGGGACUUUAACGACAAUUUAUUGAUGCCAUAUGAUAGAGGGAUCUUUUAUGUAAUAUCAAAAAAUCAUAUAUCCAUUUUCUUGAAGCUGUACUAUAUGUGUUUACUUCAAGAUACUAGAGGGCCCAUUUAUGUAAUUUUGUCUAAAUUUUAAAAAGAACUAUGCGAUCAUAAAAAUCAGCUAAUCUUAUUUCUGUCCCAUCUUUCGAUGGAAGCUGCCGCCAAAACUUCGGCAUCAUUCACCUUGUCCUGGAGACGACGGAUUCUGUUUUCGGUAGUCUCUAGAGCACUUGCAGCAGUUAGCCGGAGAGAUGGCACCGUGAACCGCCGUAUCCUCAAAUUCAUAGACUUCCGGACCCCGGCGUCGUCCAAACCGAUCAACGGUGUCAAGACAUACGACAUCGUAGUAGAUUCCACUCGCAAGCUCUGGUUCCGAGUAUUUGUCCCCACACAGCAGUCCAUAGAAGAUCUCCCGGUGAUCAUCUUCUUUCACGGCGGUGGAUUCGUCUUCCUCGCCCCCGACCAGGACAUUUACGACGUUUUUUGCCGCCGGUUGUCUAGAAAACUGCCUGCAAUCAUUGUUUCUGUCAGCUAUCGUCUUGCACCGGAGCACCGGUACCCUGAGCAGCAUGAUGAUUGCUUCGAUGUGCUGAAAUUUUUGGAUGAUGAGGAGAAUUGUUCGAAGUCGUUACCGGAGAAAACGAACAUUUCACGGUGCUUUGUCGCUGGAGAUAGUGCUGGCGGAAACCUAGUUCAUCACGUUGCUCAGAGAGCAUGCGAAUUCAACUUCCAACGACUUAAGGUAAAUGGCGUGUUAGCAAUUCAACCUUUUUUUGGAGGAGAAGAGCGAACCAAUUCUGAAAUUUUUUUUGACGGAAAAGCUCCCCUCGCGUCACUGAAGCAAACAGACUGGUACUGGAAUGUGAUCAUGCCGCCAGGUGAAAGUUACAAUCGUGACCACCCGAUCAUCAAUGUUAGCGGCCCAAUGGCGGUGGACAUAUCGAAACUAGAUUUUCCAGCGACAAUGGUGGUGGUUGCUGGCUUUGAUUUUCUAUAUGAUUGGCAAAAAAGGUAUUGCGAGUGGCUGAAGAAGUCGGGGGUAGACGUGUACUUGGUUGAGUACACAAAUAUGUUCCAUGCUUUUUAUGUGUUUCCGGAGUUGCCUGAAUCUGAACAACUUAUGUGGGAUGUGAAGGAGUUCAUUCAAAAUGUCUUAAUGAAGGUGAAUUUGAAAAAAACUGGAAUGGAGAAUACGGUUGCAGAAAAUGGUACUCAGUUUUCAAAAGAGGAGCUCGGAAAGAUUGCAGUGCCCACACCAUAG